ACACACACACACCCUAAGCUGAGACUCAUAUGACCCCUCUGAGGGGUGGGAGCAGAGCUGAUUGCUUUUCAACAUCUGACUAAUAACUGUUGACACUUUCUGACCUGUCUAUUUGCUGUUCUGAAGUUCGUCCUCAGUGCAGGUCAACAGAGUAAGAACAGCUGCACUGCAAUGGCUGCCUUCCUUCAUCACUGCCCCUUCCUAAAGUCUGUGCCUAAGCCAGCUUUGAGGAGAACUGGAGCCACCUUGCUGUCUCUGGCCGAUCAAUGCCCCAUCAUCACUCGCCAGAUCAGUGUGAGCGGCACAGCCUCUCUGGAGGCCAAGGUGGGCGUCUCACCCAUCAAACCCAAGAGUCACCAACUUCCCACAGUUGAGCAAAGGAGGCUGUUUGCUCAGAGAGCUACUCAGGUGGCUGUGUCUGUAUCGAAGGGCUGCCCCUUUGUCACCUCUGAGAUUGGGAUUGUCCAAGCCAGCCCUGAAGUACAGGAGGACGUCCAAGAUGGUUUGAUGACUUCUCUGUUGAAGGGUUUAAAGGAUGCAAUCAUCCCAACACCAGCUCAAACCAACACUGUCACCCACCUCCUCAAAGACAACAUGGUUGGUCCCAGCUACGACUAUGACCGCUUCUUUAUUGAGAAGAUCUCUGAGAAAAAAAAGGACCACACGUACAGAGUCUUCAAGACCGUGAACAGGAGCGCUGAGGUCUUCCCGUUUGCUGAGGAUUACUCCAUCUCUGGGCGGGAGGGUUCCCAGGUGUCCGUCUGGUGCAGCAAUGACUAUUUGGGAAUGAGUCGACACCCACAGGUGCUCAGUGCGAUCAGAGAUGCUGUGGAAAAGCACGGCGCAGGAGCAGGCGGGACCAGGAACAUCUCAGGCACCAGUAACUUCCAUGUGUCACUGGAAAAGGAGCUGGCACAGCUGCACCAGAAAGACGCAGCUCUGGCCUUCUCCUCCUGCUUUGUGGCAAAUGACUCCACCCUCUUCACUUUGGCUAAGAUGCUGCCAGGGUGCGAGAUCUACUCUGAUGCAGGGAACCACGCAUCGAUGAUUCAGGGCAUCAGGAACAGCGGAGCCAAGCGCUUCAUCUUCCGCCACAAUGACAGUCGACACCUGGAGGAACUGCUGCAACGCUCUGACCACAAAACACCCAAAAUAGUAGCAUUCGAGACUGUGCACUCAAUGGAUGGUGCCAUAUGUCCUCUGGAAGAUCUUUGCGAUGUCGCUCAUCGUUAUGGAGCUCUGACGUUUGUUGAUGAAGUUCAUGCUGUGGGCCUGUACGGAGCCCAUGGAGCUGGAGUGGGAGAGAGGGACAACAUUAUGCACAAGAUUGACAUUGUUUCUGGGACUUUAGGCAAAGCCUUUGGAUGUUUUGGAGGCUACAUCGCCAGCAGCGCCGCCCUGGUGGACACAGUGCGCUCCUUCGCAGCCGGCUUCAUCUUCACCACUGCCCUGCCCCCGAUGGUCCUGGCUGGAGCCAUGGAGUCUGUCCGGAUCCUGAAGAGCCCCGAGGGGCAGGUGCUCCGCAGAGCCCACCAGAGGAAUGUCAAACACAUGAGGCAGCUGCUCAUGGAUAAGGGCCUACCUGUGGUCAACUGUCCUAGCCACAUCAUCCCCAUACGGGUGGGCAACGCUGAGCUCAACACCAAGGUGUGUGACACCCUGCUGGAGAGACACAACAUCUACGUCCAGGCCAUCAACUACCCCACGGUGCCUCGUGGUGAGGAGCUGCUGCGCCUGGCUCCAUCUCCUCAUCACAACCCCGCCAUGAUGGACUACUUUGUGGAGAAACUGGUGGAGGUGUGGCAGGAGGCAGGGCUCCAGAUCAGCAGCCCGGCCACAGCUUCCUGCACCUUCUGUGACCGCCCACUGCAUUUUGACCUUAUGAGUGAGUGGGAAAGAUCCUACUUCGGCAACAUGGAACCACAAUACAUUACUGUGUUGGCAUAAUACCAAAGUACAUGUAGCUUCUCAACACAAGUUAGACAUACAGUAAAUGGAUACAUGUAAUUCUAAAUUCAACAUCUUUUUAAAUUAUAAAGUCCUUCUUCAAGUGCACUGAGAAGAGUACUGAUUUUAGCGAUUUUAGUGAUUUUUGUGAGUGGUAUGAACUAAAUUCCAAUAUUUAUUUCUGUUUUCCUGUAUUUAUGCUUAUUAAAUUAUGUGCUGUCAUGGAUAUGAUUAAAAAAGUGUGCCUUCUCCAUUUCAAAAGCAUAAAACCUGCACAUUGGGCACUUUCUUAAAUCUAUUAUCUAGGUGUGAUGGUUUGACUUAAAAUAUAUUUAAUUUCA